CCGCCGGAGAGUGGAGGAAGACAUCUGCACUUAUGUCACAUAACACAAGACUGAGUUAGCUGAAUUGGGAACAGACGUGGUGGGCUCUGCAUGUUGCAUGUUACCGGCGGUCACUGAGCUGUUAGGCCAUCCUUUCUGCCUUAAUGGCGCUUAUUAUAGGCUCUCUUUAAAAAGAACUCAUCGUUGUUAAGUAACAGACCUUCAGGUGGUUUCAUUGUCGGUCUGAUUAUAUCAUCAGAGGAGAUUCAUACCUGAGGAUAACUCGUCGGAGUUUAUUCGAAACGGAAUCGAUGCAAUUGGUUCAGUCUAAAUUCAACCGGAUUUGUUAUUUUUCGGAUGUGUGACACAGUGUAGCGCCGCCCGAUUGUCACUUACCGCUAAUAAACUACCAUGGAGGUCGGGGCCGACAAUUCAAAGAUGCCAUCUGAUGAGAGAGAUUAUGCUCUGAAACCCUUAGAUUUCAAAGCGAUCGCAGAGAGGAGUGCGGAAGCCGAGGCGCAGAGACCCACAUGGAGUGGGCGGCUGGAUUUCAUCCUGGCAUCGGUGGGCUACGCGGUGGGACUGGGCAAUGUCUGGAGGUUUCCCUACCUUUGCUAUAGCAGUGGCGGAGGUGCCUUCAUGAUCCCUUAUCUCACCAUGGUGAUCCUGUGUGGCAUUCCCCUGCUCUACAUGGAGUUUGCUAUUGGGCAGUACUCUCGUUUAGGGCCCGUGCAUGCUUUCGCCAAAAUCUGUCCCUUGUUUAAAGGUGUUGGUCUGGCCACAGUCGUUAUCUCCUUUGUGUUCUCCACGUACUACAAUGUGCUCAUGAGCUGGGCACUUUUCUACCUGUUCAACUCAUUCAAGGCGGUCCUCCCCUGGACGUCCUGCAACAACACCUGGAAUGCCGUCGGCAACUGUUCCAGCGGUUUCCCCGGGAACAACACACACCUCCAGUCAGCCAGCCAACAGUUCUUUGAUCACAGGCUUCUGGAGAAAACCAGUGGCAUUGAAGAAGCCGGUGGCCUUCGCUGGGAACUCUUUGGUUAUCUCUUCAUUUCCUGGGUCAUCGUGUAUUUAUGCAUAUUCAAAGGAGUCAAAUCUACUGGCAAGGUUGUGUAUUUCACCGCUGUGUUUCCGUACUUCAUCCUGUUUGCCCUGCUCAUUAAUAAUGUGCAGCUGCCUGGAGCCAAGAAUGGUAUCCUCUACUUUGUGACGCCUGUCUGGAGCAAACUGUUUGAAGUGAAGGUUUGGGUUCAUGCAGCUGCCCAGGUGUUUAACUCCAUUGGAAUAGCAUUUGGCUCCAUGAUUUCGAUGGCUAGUUACAACAAGUUCAACAACAACAUCCUCAGGGAUGUUUUGAUUGUAUCAUUUACCAACUCAUUCACAAGCAUCCUGGCUGGCUUUGUGAUCUUCUCGGCUAUUGGCUACAUGGCUCAUGUACACAACCUCCCAGUGGACAACAUAGCUACAGAUGGUCCUGGUUUGGUGUUUGUUGUGUACCCUGAAGUCCUCUCCACAAUGCCAUUCUAUCAGCUGUGGGCCCCUCUGUUCUUCUUUAUGCUGCUGUGUCUGGGCCUGGACAGCCAGUUCGCUACAGUGGAGGUCGCCAUAACGUUCAUAAAAGAUGAGUUCGGCCCCGUAGUUCUGCGUUUCCUGAAGAGAGAGGAGCUGCUGACUCUGGCAGUGUGCAUUGUUUGCUUUAUCCUCGGGCUUCCUCAUGUUACAAAGGGAGGUAUCUAUGUGUUUCAGCUGAUGGAUCACUACACCGCUGUGGUUUCGCUCGUGUUUCUGGCUUUUUUUGAAGUUGUAGCUGUCUGCUGGAUCUUUGGUGUCCCAAGAAUCUCUUUAAUGAUUGAGAGGAUGCAAGGAAAAACCCCAAACAUCUACUUUCGUCUCUGUUGGCUGCUGCUCUGUCCUAUGUUGGUGCUGAUUAUACUGAUCUCCAGCAUUGCCCAGUACACUCCUGCUCACUAUGGGAAGUACAAAUACCCAUUGUGGGCUGAAUGGGUGGGUUGGGGUGUCUCACUGGUCUCUAUAGUGUGGAUCCCACUUGGAGCAAUUCAAGAGAUGUAUAACAACAAAGGCUCAUUUCUUGAGAGACUUAAAACAACAAUGACCUCCACAAUAGACCUGGAUGCUGAGGAUUCCCUGCCAGAGAAACAAAACCUAGACAACCCGGCGUCUGACACCUUGAUCAGUUCAGUGGCAUGACCAGGAAUACAGCCAAAGCCAUGUCUAUUCAUCGUUACAAACCAAACCUUGUCAUACGGUGUUGAAUAAGGGUGCUGUUUGGUGAUGUACAACUGUAUUUAUACUCUUUACGUUUCUAUCAUAAAAUUAUAAUCGUAUCAUAUUUCCUCUACCAAAGGAUGGACUGGAGUGCCGUAUCUUAAACCUACAUUUAUAGUACCACAUUUAAAGUAAUUGCAUGAAAACGCCCUUCACUUUGUGCAAAGUGUAUAAUGAAAAGCUGAGAUUUCGUCCACCAACUAAAGGUCAAUUUAAUUUAAUUUAAUAUAAGUUAGGUAAAAGUGAUCAUGUGCCCUGUCUUUACUAUGCAGGUGCCAAUCCAAACCAAAGAUUUCAAUGAUUCCCCCCUUUGGUUGAUUAAUCAGUGAAAAUGUCUGGCGUAUGCAGUGACGUUUUCUCUUGCAAUGUGUGAUAGACGUCAGCGAGUUUGUGUGGUGUAAGAGUUUACUACUCAUCUAUGGCAGAGGCAAUCAGGAGCUUAUUAACUUUUUUGUUUAAUACAUCUGUAGACUAAAUCCUUUUAAUCAAACACUUCACAGAAACCUCUAAUCGCUGCAGGAACAUGCAGUCCUCUUUGUCCACAACCAGUGUUAUCUUUGUGGGCCAACCCAUAAUGCAUUGUGCCGUUUUUUAACAUUCGCUAAUGUUCACUUCCCUCAUGUACAAUAGUGGUUAGUGAGUGAUGCGAUGAGGGCAGCAGGUUAAUGUUAUACCCAAGUGUCCUGAACUCAAAUGAACGUAAAUCAGCGCUUGGAGUUUUUCAUCUUUACAGACUGAAGAAUUUGUUUUAUUUCAUAGUAAUGCAUUUGACUUUAUUUUUAAACUAUCUUGGAGCAGACAACUCAGUUUUAGAGAUUAUGAAGGUGCCUUUGAUCUAAGUCUAUGAAGUGGAAUUGGACUAAUGAAGGCAGAUGAUCUGCAAGAGGGCAACACUUAUCUGGUAAUCUGGAAACUCUCCAUUCAGAGUCCCAUAUUCUAUUGACCCAAAACCUGCAGUUAAUCACUGACUGUUUUAUCUCACGCUUCUUAACAGAAAAGGAGGCUAUAAAAGUUUACCAUGGUGGAAACAUAAUUUAUUUUACUCAAGCUUUAACUUUGAGAUUGUACUGUAGUGUUAAGUGAUGUUUUUUUUAAUGGUUGACCUCUCUGAGAGCAAGAGGAGUUAGUUUGAACCAGAUCCUGUAAAGUCUAAAUGCUAUCUAACGCAGGGUGAAAAGGGUUCAGUCAGUGUUGGAACUGUAAGCUUUGAGUUAAUAUAUUAUAUAGACAAUCUACCUCAACUGGAAAUGACCAGAGGAGAUAUGUGUAAACGGGGAAAGUCACACUUUUAUGCCCUCAGAUUGUCUAAAAUGUGCCCUACUAAAAGUGCAUUAUUGGCCUGGUACCUUAUCAAACUAACCCUCAUUUAGGAGUGCCUUCUAUCUAAAGUACUGAUACAUAGCACGCACAAUAAACGCUGAAACUGAAUAUGAUUUUAAAAUGAUGCAAGGAACAAUUAAAUAAGAUAUUUCUCAACAAUUAUAUCACUCCAGUUGUGUAUUUGUUUUCCUAACCUGUAGGUUGAGGAACAUAAUUAAUCUUUGUCCUUUUUUCUGUAUCAUGGAACUUAAUGUUACCUGCCUCAAGUGCCUUUCAUGUUCUUUUUUAAAUUUUGUAUAUGUUUAUAUGUUUAAUGUUUAAUUAGACAACCAAAACAUUUAUUUAAGAUGUGUCAUAUUGUAUAUGUUGUUUUAAGCUACAUGAUUUUACUUUGUCAUGAAUUUUAUCAGAUGUACAAGGACAAUUUAAAAGCACUUUUAGAACACAAUAGGUCCCUGUUUACCCUUUUUAGUAUUUGCUGUUCUAAUAUGGACUAAAAUGCAAAUUGUAAUGGGCUAUUAAUUAAAUUAUGCUUUUUUGUUUAGAAAUGUACGAAGUCUGGGUUAAUUGAAUAACAGGAGCUGGGAAACUGUGUACCAUGACGUGCUGACAUAUCAACCACACACCACGCCUUCUGAUUUCGCUGAUUAGUUUCAGUUGAUCCUCUCGGCCUUAUUGAUCAGUGACGUCAGCUGCUGCAGUUUGCAGAGUCUUUGCUCCAUGAAACAAGACUACCCCUCCCUCAUCUCAAAUAUCCCCUAAAAUAUCAUAAGCACAUUUAAAAUCUGAAUGCUGUUUCAUGCUAUUCCACUGUCAUUGUUCUCACAUGUACACUGUAACAGUGAGCAUCCGACUUUAUACAAAAGAACUAUAUUUGUAAAGUGAGACAGUUUUUUCUUUUAUUUCAAGAUUAAAAACGUGUUUUUUCAUG